AUGGUAGCUGAAACAAAGCUCUACGAUGCCUUGAGCAUCAAACCCACCGCGACUCAAGAUGAGAUUAAGAAGGCCUACCGCAAGGCUGCUUUGAAAUAUCACCCAGACAAGAACAAGGACAAUCCGGAGGCAUCUGAGAAAUUCAAAGAUGUAUCCCAAGCAUACGAAGUCCUCUCUGACCCCGAAAAGCGCAAGGUCUACGAUCAAUUCGGCCUUGAAUAUCUACUACGUGGCGGCCCCCCGCCAUCAGCUGGUGGCGGAGCCGGAGGCGCGGGCCCCGGUGGCAUGCCUGGUGGAUUUGAUUUCGGCGGCAUGCCCGGCGGCGGCGGACGUAAAUUCCACUUCUCAACCGGUCCAGGCGGAAGUGGAGGUUUCCGAUUCCGUAACGAAAAUGAUAUCUUCACUGAAUUCGCUAAGGCGACUGGCGGUGGAGCGGGCGGUUUCGACGAUGAUCUCUUCUCAAUGCUUAAUGGCGGUAUGGGUGGUAUGGGUGGCAUGGGAGGAUUCCCGCGCGGACGUACCAGCGGAGGAGGAUUUUCUCAAAAGCCACGCCGUGCACCGUCUCCCGAGCCGACUGUUGUUGAGACGGACUUGAACCUUACCUUGGAGGAAAUCUUCAAGGGAACUACGAAGAAAGUUAAGACGAAGAGUAAGGCGUUUGAUGCUAGUGGGAAGCGCACUGUUGAUGAAGUGACGCUGGAAGCUACCAUCAAGCCUGGUCUACGCGCUGGAUCGAAGAUUAAGUACAAGAAUGUUGGUGAUCAGGAAGAAGGCGGUCGACAAGACGUGCAUCUUAUUGUUAAAGAGCUCCCACACCCUGAUUUCAAACGUGUUGGCGACAACCUCGUUACAAGUGUGACGCUCACACUCAAGGAAGCAUUGACAGGCUGGGAACGAAUUGUGCGCACCAUCGACGGCAAAUCUAUACGCGUAUCCAAGCCUGGUCCUACACAGCCUGGGCACGAGGAACGCUUCCCCGGCUUGGGCAUGGUGAUCUCUAAGAAGCCCAGCGACCGCGGUGAUCUCGUCGUACGAGUCGAUGUCAAAUUCCCGACCAGCUUGACGGCCGAACAAAAGCAAAUCUUGGGCGAUAUUCUGUGA